GUCAGGAGGGACUGCCACGUACCCACGCACCAAGACCCAGUGACCCCCACCACCGCCACCGCCAGUGCCCAAGACAAUUACGAACAACUCUCAACUUCACAAGACGAAGUACAAAACGGGGACGAACGCUCGGCUUCCAACAUGUUGGAAACAGCGGCAGCAGCUGUGCGGUCAGUAGACACAGCGCGUGGAUGGUGGGCAGGAAUCGCCGAUGCCCAUUGCAAGAGCUUCGAUACCCAGGAUAACAGCCAGUGCUGGAAUGGUGUCCGAAUUGGCCCGUACACUAAAAUGACUGCUGGCGUGGGUGUGAGCGCACAGAAGUAUAAUCCAGAAGUUCGCAUCGGUCGUCCUGAUACUACAGUGUACACAUUAGCUGAUAAAUUACGGCGUGUACGGAGGGAACUCCUGUCUCGCCUAACUUGGCUUCCCGAGGCACAUUCUCAGCAUCGCAAUAGUUACCCCUACCCCGAUGGCUCUGGAUCUGGGACGCAAGCUGAAUACACUAGAGGCUAUGAUGGGCCUACCUACGAUGAGGAUUCAUCAGUAUAUGGAGGCUUAGGAGAUGAUGAUGACGCUCUUGGAUCAGGAGAUGGCUCUGGAGACGAUAUUCCAAAAAAAAUAAUACCCGAAAAGAGUCCAACUGGACAGCAGAGCGAAGUUGCAGGUUCUAACCAGUAUAAGAGUAGUACUAUAGUGUUAACUUUGUCAAUCUUUAGUAGUGUUAUGUAUAUAUACUUAGGGUAAUUUUUUGUAAUAAAUCAAAAACUUAUUAAAAAAUGCUGAAAUAUCUGCUUUCGUGUACGAUUUGAUAAUGCUGUGGAGAUAGAAUGGCUUCAGAUACCUAAGAUACACUUUCUAACGAUGAAUAUUCUUGUGAAGUCAUUAUAGUUCAUUAUUUUGAAAUAAUUGGUUUCCUUGGUUUUGUCAUGCAAAACUAAAAAUAUAAAAAAAAUAGCUUAGAAUCAGUAAUUCAAAGCUGUACCUUUCAGUACUGUUUUGAAGUACUGUAUUCUGUAAUGUAUAUACUGUAUUGUACUUUUUAAAGCAUUUUUGAAGAGAAAAAUAAUGCAUGUCAAAAUUCCUAGAAAUAUGGAUAGGUGUGCCUCUAAUCCUUUAUAUAAAAUAAGCAUUUAGAACUCUCUCAAUUCUGGAAAUUAAGUAUUUCUUAAUAUAGACAUUAUUUUCAAAUAUUCAGCAUUAAUCCACACUCAGUAUAGCAUGUACUAUUCUAAUGAACAUGAAUAACCAUUUCACCUUCAUUUUUUUAACUGCAGAUUGGCCACUGACACAAUUCUGUUAUGAUUGCCGAGAUAAUUGCAUGUCAACAUAGUAACAACUAACCGAUAUAAGAAUUUCCAAAUACAUAACUGGCACUUAUCAGUUUAAAAGGACACUCACUCACUACGAACUAAUAUUUUUUUCUCAUUUAAACUUAUGCUGCAUAUUAAUCUUUUAAUUCAUGCUUAAUCUUCAUACUUUUACUAGAGGAGAGGCGAUGGUUUCUUUUCUUAUUUUUAACUCGUAAAAUUGUCUCAAAUCCACUUUCCCUGAUGCACUCUAUCUUAAUCUUGGUUGAUUUAAGGUCUCUCAAACUAAUGUUGAAAACUCAGAACUGUGAGACACAAAAAAAAAAACCUAUCCCAGUAUUGAAAUAAAUUACAGUAGUUCUUCAAGUGUGUUUAAAGAAAUAUUCUAUUAGAAUGUCAUUGAUCAAUGUGAUGAGCAUCUUGAGCAAUACUGUUAAUAGUCUAGCAUGAGGUGACAAAUGUAGCAAUAUAAUACAUGGAAUCCACAUCCUUUCUGCUUGAGUUUAUGCAACUGUUUAAGUACCUCUCAGAUUAAAAAAAAAAUACAUUGAGGGAAAAUAUUUUAAUUCAUUGGUAUUUUCAUUGUUAGUGUUUUCGUGUUUCUGGUGGAUCACCUUGAGCUUUUAAUUUUUUUGUAACUAAUUUACUUUGUGCAUUGCUCUUAAAACAAAUCAACUUUCUCUUGACUCAUAUCCCCAGACAAACCCAAGCAGCAACUAGGGAAUGUGAAUGUCACUGGAAUCAGUUUAGUGCAAAUGUAUGUUUACUAGUGGCUGAAAAGUUCCAGUGGCAUACAACUUCUUAUGACAAACCCACAGAUAGACAUAAUAACUGAACAGUUUGAUCAGUUGCAACUGACCCCAUUUUUCAGAUAAAUGGUCAGUCAGGUAUGCUUAGAGGAGAUCAAGAUAAGGCCUGAUUUGCAAUAAAAACAGUGACUAAAACCAGCCCUUAAAAAGAGAUAAAAUGGGGAAGAACAAAAAUCUUAUAUGGUUCUUUGGGAAUGAUUUUGAAAGUAACGUCAAUGCUACUGUUGUUAUAUAAACAAAAGCAAGUACUAUUGUAUUAUAAUUGUUUUACAUAUCAACAACAUAUCCAUAAAUUUAAAUCUUGUGCUGUGAAUAGAAAAAUCUUCAGGAUUUUUAUUCCUUAUUUUAUACACUACAUAACAUAGAUUUAGUUAAUAGAUGCUGUGUGAAGUUCAAAAAUAGUUUUAAAUAAUUUUGUAAAGCCUAUUCAGUUCAAUUGGAUUUUUUUAUUCUUCUUAGCAAGACUAAAAAUAUUCACUUUCUGAACUUACGUAACGCCUUAGUUUUCACAUGCAAUAAUUACCUAAGAAUGCUUAUUAAAAGAAUUAAUUGGAAAUCUGCAAGCCCCAGAUGUUUAGUAAGGGUUCCUGAUAUUAUCUCUACCACACAUUAUAUAGAUUACAUAUGUACUAUAAGGAUCUGCCAGCCAGGAUAUUUUAAUUUACUGUCUUCUAGCUAUUAUCAGUUAUAUUCAGCAUGUAAAUAAUUAUUAUUAUAACAAUGCAUAAGUCCUGAAGGUUUUUCUUAUCCAAAAAUAUUUUAGCAGCAGUAACUAGGUUAGACUGCACAUUUUUUAAUAUUAAACUGUUUACAGUUGACAUUUCAGUUGGUUUAAACAAAAACAUAACAGAGCAUUAUAACCAGUAUACUGCAUAGAAAUCAUUGGUAAUAUCUGUAUCCUUUAAUGCAUUGCCACCUCAUAUGCAAAUAUUAAAGCAAGUGAUUCUUAAGUAAAUGUGCUGUCACUUCAGAUUUAGAACAAUGCACUGUGAAUAAAUAAUUCCUCUUGAAGUGAUUCAGGGAAAGAGAUAUAUUGUUAUAGAUUGCUUUAUAUUACUACAGAGAAACAUGAUGUUGCUUAACGACGUAAUUAUAAAUAUAAUUUCUGAAAUGGUUUUGAAUAACUGGGUAAAAUACAACCUCAAGAGGGAAACCACUCCCUGCCAUUAUUUUCCUCCAGCACUAAUAAAACAAUAGAAAUUACAUAACUCGGAAAAAUGAGAACACAUACGUAUGUAUGGUUCAACCUGACUUACGCAAACAAUUUUUGCUGCAGUAAACACACAACAUAACAGAAGUGGUGUAAUUAAGCAUUGAAAAAGUACCUGGUAGAAGCAAUAAGCAAAAUCAUGCUGUCUAUUGCAUGUUGGCAACAUCAGCAACUUAGUUAAAAGUCUUUUGUCAUCAAAAUGUGAAUUUAUCAGUUAUAAUUUAUAAAUUUUUCCUAAGUAAAUUCCAUGUCCCUUCAGUCAGUAAUAGUUGUAACUUGAUUUUACCUUAAGUAUAGAUUAUAUUCCUGUACAGUAUAACAUUAUUUUGACAUUAAUCCAAGAAAACCCCAUAAUAUCCGUUUCUGUAGUGUUCGUAAAAGCCAGAAAAGUUUCCAAUAAAGUACUUAUACUUGUAAAUUUACCUGUAUCUUCAGUUGAAUGCAAUGUAAUCCAUAGAACAGGAUCAUGGCAAUGCUCACUUCUGCAAUUUGCAAUAAUGCUGUAAUGGAAAUUCUAAGAGUAAGACCCAAAAUGUGUAGUUGGGGUGAAUUUAGAACAUUUUCUCUCUAAUCUCUCAUUUUCUUGUGAGUUGAAUCAUUAAUUUCAGUUAAAAAAGCAACAUCACUAUCUCAAAUGGUUUGUGACAUUUUAACCUCGAGAUUUAACAUUGUACAGCCAAUAAUUCCAGUUUUACCAAUUUAAAGGCUUAGGAUGUACUGUACACAAUAAUGGAACUUGUACAAAAUCUCGAUGUUAAUGUUUUAAGUAGAAUAUAAGAUUACUUCAGCUACAGAAGUGUAGCUAUACUGAUCUGCAAACAAUGUGGACCCAGUGGUUAUCAUAAAACAAGAAUGGUAAAGUUCCAACAAGUAUACUGGAAGGAAGAUACUACAGAGAAAGAACUUGUAUACUCAAUAUAUAUUCUGCAACAGAACCUUUAUGGAUGAUGGUUUGAUUGGUGUAAGUAUACAUCCAUGCUAGUAACAAAUCAUAGAUUUAUCGAGGUCAGUCUGAAUUUUACCACUGUAUGAAAGGUUCUCUUGUAUUGUAAAAUAUUGGUAUCUGCUUUCAAAUGACAGUAUGCUGAAUUUUACCAUCUUGUUUUACAUUCUGAAGGAAUCUGCACUAACUUUUGAAAGAAAAUGUAAAUAAGAUUUAUUUUUUAGUCCCCUAUUGUUGUUAGUUGAAGCUAGAUUACCUGCAUUGACUCGGGUGUUAACCCUGACCAUGUCUGCAAUGCUUGCAGAGCUUAACACCACUUGGAAGCAUUCUGUUGGCAUCAAACUUGAUCACUUCAUCUGAUUUUACAAUAAAAGGUACUAAAGCUGUCAAAUGCUUCUUCUCUCCAUAAUUGUUAAUCAUUUAACAGUACAGCUUAAAGAUGAGAAGAGCAUUCCAUUCAGCAGACUGCUGUGAUCAUGAAAAAUACCUACUAGUAACCACCUAUGAAAUGUUUGAUGCCAAGAGAGAGCAUUUUUGAUGAUCUGAAGUACUUGUAUGUAAUGGUGUAAAUGAGAGCUUUGAGUGCCAUUAUGUAUAUACUGUAGAGGAAAUACAGUUUUUAGAAUUUAGGCAGUGCCUUCAAUUAUCAAAUACUCCAUAAAAAAUAAGAUAUUGUUGAUUUGAAAUAUCCUCUGUGUUUGAGUCUGCACUUGAUAAUGAUUGGCAAUUCAAAAACAAAUUUAGACUAUUAUAACUUCAUUCAAUUUUAUCAUAAAUGUCCAUUAUUUACUUAAGGAAUGCAGUAAAUGUUGUCCAUUAAUAUUACUCCACUGCAGUAAUGUUAUUCAUUAUGAAAAAUAUAAAUUUAAGUCAUUUCAUAUGCUCAAGAACAUAGUUUUUAGAAAAUGAUGAUUUCAAGAGCAUAGUUUUUAGAAUACUGUAUAAUGAUUUUGCAAGAAAUAUAGUCUUUGAUAUUUCUUUUCAUUAUUAUAUUUUGCUUUGGGUUGCAGAUAUUGUAAAAAUCUUAAUUUUGUAAUCCAACUUGCAACAGUAUGGAGACCCAUGAAAAACUACAGUAUUUCACUGUAAUCUUCAGCCACUAAACUCAUAACUUCCAUGUACAUAAAUGUACAGUAAUGCCUCCAAAUUAUUUUAAUAAUUAUUUUUCUCUUCUGAUAUGUUUAUGCAAUUUAGUAGGCUUAGCUUUGAAUGCUUCACAGCAUGUGAUAUUCCAAGGCAAUACAACACUGGCAAACUUAUGUAAUAAAAUGGCUCUGCUUUCACUAAACAAAAAGGACUUCUUUAAAUGUAAAUUUGCUCUUUCAUUAAUAUAUAUACUCUUCCCUAAAAGUAUACAGUAUUUUAGUAGUUUACUUAUAAACUGAAAACCACCAAUUUUCAAUAUUUUGAAACAUUUCCAAGUUGAGAGAAAAAUUCUUUUUAUGCAGUAUGUUCAAGCAUUUUAAACUUACUAAAUCACCACAUGUUAGUUGGACAAUCUCAAAUAGCAAGUUAACGCUUCAGUGAAGUCAUUCACUUGUACAGUGCCAGACUGGAUUGGUGACUAGAACUUGAAUACUGAAAUAGCUUGGUUAUUAAGUUUGGAGGCAUUACUAUUCAACCAAUAAUGAAAGAGGAAUGCUUUUGAUGUUAGUUGAGUGAAUGAGUGGCAUCUCCAUCUAUGGGGAGGUAGUGACAGUAUUUCAAGUUUGUAUAAACCAUAGAAGGUGAUGCCAGUGCAGAAAUGCAUGUACCACAUAUGUAUAGUUACUGCAUAGUGAAUUCCUUUUGAGUUUAGAAAGUAUGCAAAGCUUAAAUGACUGACGAUGGAUGUAAUACCAAUGCUUUUUACUCCACUUGUAUGGUGUACCUCCAUAAUAAGAAUUAGUGUAGUGUUUCUGAAGUGUUUACAAAACUACACUUAUUUUAAUUUUUCUUGAAACAAUGUAAACACUAUUGACUCUAGGUAGUAAUCUUCAUUACCCUGAGUCGUCAUAGUGCUAAACUCUGCAAGUUGUCAGCAGAUAGCUGGCUCUAUAUUAAUCUUACCAAACUGUGAUAAAAUGCAGAAAUGCUGGUGUUUCUCUAUACCACUGUCACUGAAAGUAUACCAUGUUUUGUGAGUGAAUAACUUGUUUUCACAUGCUGUAUAUACAUUGGAAAAAAAUCAUGCGAUUACUUAUUUUGCCAAAAUGGAAUAUCAUAAAAAAAAUGAGUAGCGUACACAAGUAACUUGUACAUGAUAUACUUUUUUUGACUUUCCUAUUCUAGUAGAGCACUUGGAGUCAUAAUACACAUCUCAUAUUUGACUCUUUUCAUGAUGUUAGAUUUGCAUUAAGUAGGUUAUUAAAUGCCAGGGCAACUGUGUGUUUUCAUAAAUGAAAGGGAAGCUAGUCAUUGGUUUGUUUCAGUAAAAUGCUUGUGAUAAAUUCUGUUAGGAGGCAUAGCUUCAAAUUCCAAACUUAAAUUUAAACAGGUAUUUCGUAAUAUCAAGUACCAGCACCUUUGCUAUGAAUUGGACUUUUACAUAGUUAUGUGAAUUGUAUUAUUUACAGACAAAUUAUAUUAUUCUUGGGUAGCAAAUAUUAUUGUGGACAACACAAACUUGUCAAUAUUAAACACUUGAAAAAUUAUGUGAUGGUACACGAUUUGAAUUUUUACUGGGGAUCUGAAGCAACCGACUUUUUCCAGUAACUCGGUAUAGUACAGUAACUCACAUUCAUAAGAAAAAUUGCUUUCAAGGCAAUAAGCAAAGUCCAAUUUUAAAUUAUUGUAUGCAUCUAUCCUUUUAGCUGAAUAAUUUUAAAAAGUUCACAAAGAAAUGUUAUAAUAGUUCUAACAAAAUUAUUUCAAGUUAAAUAUUAAAUAAUGUGACAACAUUAAAAAAAACUCAAGCAAUUAGCUGUAGGAAAAUUUAAAUUCAUUAAGCAUUAAAGUAACGAACUGAAAUUUAGUAACUUGCAUGGAAAUUUUUAGAUAAACCAGAAAUUUUUACUGUCACCCAUAUCAAGUGUUCUUAUAAAACUUUAAGUGAUUAUAACUACUUGAAUAUCACUGUCUUUUCAUUUUGUACAGAUAUCUUACACUGUCUGCCUCUGUAAUCAGUAAGGCAGUGAUCUAUUAUAAUUGCACAUUAUCAUAUACUAUGUAUGAUACUAUACAUACUGAUGCUUAAAUGCAACAAUUUGCUGACAGAAAUGCUGAAAAAAAUAAAUGUACAUAAUUAGGUUUCAUUAUACUUCACUUUAAUUUAAAAAUUAAGCUUUGUAAAUUUGGAACAUACUUCAUAUGUGCUUAAUCGAGAAAUAUUUCAAAAUUUAAUAAAUGUACUGUAGAUUCAAAGAACAUACAUACCAUUCAUAACAUGCUCAGAAACUACCCUGUACCAUACAAUUAUCCAAGACCUUCAAGUUUGUACUAUUCACCUUAACAAAAAGAGGAAUUUGUAUGCAAAAAAACAUCUUGUAUUGAACUUUGUUAUGCCCUAUCCACAUAAUACAUACAGUGAAGAAAAAAAAGGCCACUUGAACGAGUCCCCUUUCCAGCCUGCUACCUGAAGAAAGGCGGGGAAAAUGUGCACAGUAGCAAACCAACAUACAGCUUUUCCAACUGUAUUGUAAUGCAUUUUCAGAGUUUUAAACUUAAAGCCACUGUGGUUAUGUUUUAUACAGGAAUAUGUAUUUUUCUGAGAGCUAGCCCUUGUAGCUGAACACAUUUUGCACUUUAAAACUUUAGGGGCACCAGCUUGCCAUGAGCUUGUAGAUUCAUGGAUGUAUGUCAUUUUGAUUUUGUCUAAAAAUGUCUGUGCCAUAUUUAUGUGCAGAAAAAAUUUGACUGUGUUUGUUGUUUCUUAGAUGAUAAGAAUCAAAUUAGUACAUAACUAAGAGAUAUUAAUAGAUAGAUAGAUAAUGAAUUCACCUCUAUCAAACAUUUAUGACAGUAUUGGAAAUGCUGUAGAGAAGAAUAUUAUAUAUUGAUUGUUAUUCUGUGAUUUGUGAUUGUAAGUGUUACUGAAAAGAAUUGUUUUAUCUAUGUACUGGUACUGUUGAAUAUGCAGGAAUGUAAGGUAAUAAAUGCUGUUCUCCAUAUGUGUGAAAACCUAAUGUACUAAAUCUAAAUGAGUGGAACUAUAUUGUGAACCAAUUCACAAUACAACUCCUUCUGUAUCAUCAUUGGCUUGCACAAAGUCCAUUGUAUGUAGAUUCAACUUACAGUUCAACCUUAAUUUUGCAAAGUGUAGAAUAUGAACGUACAGACCUGCAAAUUUGAUUAAACAUAUAAAUGCA